GUAGUUGCACCUCGCACAAGGCAUCCGUGAUGCCAUGAUGUACCAGACUCAGUUUAACUUUAUUUUCCAGAUGUCGAAUUCUCAUUGGCUAAUAGCAACACCUCCACAAUGCACUUCAAUUUCCUACCAAAUAUUUUCCCCUACUUUUGUUUGCACUUUAAAAAAUGAAAUAAAAGCCCUCUCUCUCUCUUUCUCUCUCUCUCUCUCUCUCUCCAGAAAACUCAACACAUAGUCAGAUACUCUACAGAAUAUCUUCAUUCCAACACCAUAGAAGAAGGCCCAAAAAAAAUAAACGAUUAAAUGUGUAUUAUUACGAGCUAAAUUGUUUUAAUCUUCGGAUUUGUGGAGAAAUCAGAUAGUUUGGAAUUAAUCAGGUGUUUCAUUUCCAUAUUUGUGUGCAUGUCUGUUUGUAUAUAGAACAGUGGCUGCACCUCUAAUUGUGAACUUUUCUUGAAUUUGAAAUUUGGAAGAGGAUGGCUUCUUCUGAAGUAAUAUAAAAUUUAAGGUGAUGGUGUGGCAAUUGGGGAUAAUUUAGGGGUGGGGGUGGGGGAGAGUGAACAUGAGUUCCGGUGGUAAGAGUCGAGGGAAAAAAGAUGAGUCGGAGCAUGACAAGUCUGGGAAGACAUCAGUUGAAGGAGUUUCGUCGAAAGAUUCAAUCACUGCACCGAUGGAUUUGUGCAUUGAUGAGAGAGUGCUUGUUGAUCCUAAAUCCAUUUUUAUUGGGUCUAAAAUUGGCGAGGGAGCUCAUGGAAAAGUUUAUCAAGGAAGGUAUGGCGACCGAAUUGUUGCCAUUAAAGUUCUUACAUGUGGUAAUACAUCAGAAGAAAGAACUGUCCUUGAGGGUCGUUUUGUUAGGGAAGUCGCAAUGAUGUCUAGAGUAAAGCACGACAAUCUAGUGAAGUUUAUCGGAGCUUGUAAAGAUCCUUUAAUGGUGAUAGUUACUGAGUUGUUGCAUGGGAUGUCACUUCGGAAGUAUCUAAGUAGCAUUCGUCCUAAUCAGCUCGAUCUGCCUGUGGCAUUAGAUUUUGCACUUGACAUUGCUCGGGCCAUGGAUUGUUUACAUGCAAAUGGGAUUAUACAUAGAGACUUAAAACCGGACAACUUGCUGCUUACGGCGAAUCAGAAGUCAGUGAAACUUGCAGAUUUUGGUCUUGCCAGAGAAGAAUCUGUCACUGAAAUGAUGACUGCAGAAACCGGCACGUAUCGCUGGAUGGCUCCUGAGUUAUACAGUACAGUGACUCUUCGUCAGGGAGAAAAGAAGCACUACAACAACAAAGUCGAUGUUUACAGCUUCGGCAUUGUACUCUGGGAAUUACUUACAAAUCGCAUGCCGUUUGAGGGAAUGUCAAAUUUGCAGGCUGCUUAUGCUGCUGCUUUUAAGCAAGAGAGGCCUAUUAUUCCGGAAGAAACUCCGCCAGAACUUGCUUAUAUAAUUCAAUCAUGUUGGGUUGAAGAACCGAACAUGCGGCCCAGCUUCAGCCAGAUCAUUCGCAUGCUCAACGAAUUUAUACUUACUCUCAAACCGUCUUCUUUGCCAGAAGAAACCAACUCGUCCGAGGCGGAAUUGACUAAAAACGGUGCUAUUAUAGAGUUUUCAACACGUGCUAAAGGGAAAUUUGCUUUCCUUCGCCAACUUUUUGCUACAAAGAAGGCCAUAAUAAACUCCUAGUCUUUUUUUUUUUGGGUCCCAAUUGUGAAAUUGUGGAGAUCAGUGAUAUAUAUAUAGUAGGUUUUACAUGUUUGAGCAUUGGGAAAAUUCAUAAAAUCAACUAGUAAAAAUCGACCUCAUGGAUUUGUUGUACUUGACAAUAUUUUCUCUUCUGCAGAAUCUUUUAUGUAAAUGCGGCAGGUUACAUUUGUUUUCC